GUUUAUUAGUACAUCUUGCAGAGCCCUGGCUGUGUUUGCUGCGAGUUGUGCUUGUGUCCGUGCUUGUGUUUGUGCAUGCAGGAACUGGCCAUCCUCAUGCUGUAAAGGGGCUGACCCGGUGAUCACAUCCGUCUUUCACGUCGAUCUUCAGGUUCCUCCUCGCACCCUCUUAUUAUACAUCACAUUCAUUCUUAUUUCACAGCUCAUCCCCUGAGCCCGGCUUGCCACUACAACCAAAAACUUGCGACAGUCGACUUUCAAACCUCAAGGCUCUAAGCCCCAUACUUGCAAUACAAAUCAUCGCUUGCCCUCUGAGGCUUGUAUCACAUCGACGAGGGGUCACGGCAGCUUGGGGGGCGAUCGCAGCCAGCGAGUCAAGGUUUAUUUUCGCUGCCGAGGGGCUGAGCCAUCUUCACGAGACACCCCAAAAGGCUGGGCUCCUGUUCAUCACUCGAGUGGCUUGACGCAGCGGCUUCUGUGACGGCUUGCCGCAGCACCCUCAACACCAAGAUCUGCGCUAGGAUCCCCGGGGUCUACCCAGCUUGCCCAGCUCUCCUCUGACACGGGCGCCCGUCCUAUUUGCGUGCAGCCUCUCUCCCCCCUUCUCAGCAGAGACCAGGGCCUCUCAUUUCCUGACUGACUGACCGACCGACCACCAACGUUCGUCGACGACAACCGUUCGUUCGGCCCUGCCUGUUGCUCACCUGCCUUUCUUCCUUCCUGCCUUCCUUCUUUGCCCCGCCUGGUUGCUUGGUCUGUCUGUCUCUACUGCUCGACUUGCGAAUUCACCAGCCGACUCUCGCUCUUUGCUUGCAUUCAGGCCGCCCAAAGAAGGCCCAGGAUUAUCUGCCGCGCCCCGUCGACAUUAUCAUUGGCCACAAAGAACUGGUCGCUGAUCGACCCAACCGCUGAUCGUCCGACCGUUUGAUUGAACCGACCGCAUUUGGCUGGGCUUUGGGGAACUACCUUCGGGAGUUUUUCUGCUGCGAGUAGAAACAUCGGACGACUGAAGUCAAAAUCCCCCGACCCGCCUAGGAGACACCCAAUCAUGGAGUUUUGAGGGAGGAACAGCGACACUGGCAUUUCUUAUAAUUAGGCAACGCAGUUGCUACGUGGGCCUGAGGUGGUCCGUUUCCUCGGAUCCGCGCGUCUGGGCAAUUCACUCAACGUCUUUGGGUGAGGCGACGCCAAGAUGCCUUCGAUAGAUGCCGCGAUGGUGAGGAGUGUGAGGGGUGGAGUGGUGGACAUAUUAGCACGCAGCGUGCAGGCAGGACUCGCGCCGAGAGGCGUCAUUUCCGAGGCACAGGGUGAAUUGUCAGACAUCAAACUGGCAUUCUCCAGCUGGGAUAACUGCAUGCAGGCAACGUAUUGCAAAUGGCCAGUGAUUGCAAUAAUCAUAGUGGUGGGCCUAAUCGUGUUCUCUAUCGUGUGGUGCAUUGCGAGAUGCCUUUGCUGUGGCCUAUCCUGCUGUUGCGAAUGCUGCUACUGCCUGAAGUGCUGUGGCAACUGCUGUGGCUGUUGCGAUACGCCCAGGAGGCACAGGCGGAAGUAUCUCGACGACCCAUACGUCCCAGCCACCGAUCACCAAGGCUAUCGCUCGGAGCCCGCCAUGUCUGCGGGAGGUAUCGCACCGGUCCGAACAAAGGCUGCCGAUCCGCCACAGUAUGCGACGUUUGACGUGUCCAAGAAGGAGGAAGGAGAGGACUCGCUACCAGCCAUGCCCACCUGGGGAGACUCGGAAAGCAAGAGGCUAGAGGCCGGGGCGGACGCUGUCGAGCUGCAGAAUAUUAGGAAGCCCGAGGCCAAUUCGAACCAGCCACUCUUGAAUGGAAUGUCGCCAGCAGCCACACCCGGCGCCACCAGUCCCAACCCACAAAACGGCAGAAGUCCUUAUGGACCGCAGGGUCCCCAGGCCGCUGCCAGCGGCUACAUGAGUGCUGGUCCCGGAGCAAGUCCAUAUGGCCCGCCAUCCCCAGCUUACAACCAGAUGCACAAUGGUUAUGAUCAGUCGCAGGCCUCAUUCCAUAACGGCCAAAACUGGGGCGUGACAGGAGGUCAGGACUACGGACAGAUGCCAGGACCGUCGCCCACGGAAUACGGAUAUAACACCUCUCCAGCGCAGACGCCUCUCUACGAUGAACACGGCGCUUACAGCGAAUACGGUAUGCCAGGGAACGCACCUGGCCAACCGCCCGUGGACCAGUACGGAGUGGCUGGCACUCAGCCUGAACGGCGAGGACCUCCCAGGGGCGCCGUUGGUGCCGUAGGAGGCGCUGGCCCGCGUGCCUCUCCCGCUCCACGUGGCUCACCAGCACCGCCGCCGCCCCAGCAGCAGCAGCAAGACUUCGGCCCGCCCCAGCAGGACUUCGGCUACGGCGGCGGCCAGUUCGACGCGCCGCCGCGAACAUAUUCACCGGCUCCUGUCCAGCGAUCCUUCUCCCCUGCACCACCUCAGCGAUCCUUCUCCCCUGCGCCGCCCCAGCGCACGUUCUCUCCCAACCCCCAACAGCAAUUCCCCGGCGGCCCUCAGCGACAGUUCUCCGCAGACUCGGCACCAAACCCGGGCGGCCGACGACCGAUGCCGCCACGGGGCCCGCCCUACCGACAGUUCUCAGCCGACUCUGCUCCCAACCCCCAGCGACAGUACUCUUCCUCGUCGCCGCGGCCUCUAGCCGGUGGCGGGCCCAGGCCCGGCCCCGGCAGUCGUGGGCCGCCCCGGAGGCAGUACACCGCAGACCCCGGCCCUCCGCCCAGCUCACCAGGCCCUAUGAACAACGGGGGCUUCGACUUCGAAUCCGGCUUCAGCAGACCGCCUAGGGCGAACACCUUUGAUACAAACUACAAUGGCGGCGGCCAGCCAGAGGAGCAAUCCGCGUACCCGGGCUACAAACCAUACCAGCCAAAGCGCUAGUAGGGCAGGCCUAGAGAGUCGAAAGUCUUUGUUCAAAAAACAGAGAAAGGCAUACCAAUGAUCCCAGUUUAUUUUGUGAUUUUUCAUCCAUCGGAGUUUGGACAAUCGGCAUUUGCACGUCAUAUAUAUCCCAGCCACGGAGCACUUGGCGGCCACGUUGGAAAAACCCUUGAGCAUUUCUUGUUGUCACCAUUUGGUGUGGCAUUUCUCUAAUUCUCCACCCCUGUUCACACCAUCCAGGACUUAUUUUUACCCCGUUCCUGGGUGGUAUUAUAAACUAGAGAGAGUCUUUUGGCAAUUUUCGUGUGGUUGUUUCAUGGGCAUCCUGGAAUGGAAGCCGCGGAUGAUGAGUGUUGAUCCGGUCCAGUAGAGCUGGUCCCCUCUGUUUCUUUUUUCUUAUGAUGGGUUAUGGGGCUUUUCUUGACUGCAUGACGACGGGGUUUGACAGAGAGAGAGCAAAGACCAUACUUGAGCCGGUGUUCAUACGUGAGCACCGAGUACAUUUAGAUGUAUAUUGGAGUGGAGCUGGCCCUUGAGCCACGGUAUGACAAUGAAAAGCACAAAAUAUUUCAAGAGACCAGAACUGACUUCAAGCCCGUCAUGUCUUCACCGCGAGCAAAGACCGACCCAGAAUGCAUCGCGCUGUUUGAAUUUCGACCAAGGCCAGAGAAAUAUGCGUCACUGAGGAAUGGACAUCACUCAGCGACAUGCCUUGUACUCCCUCCUCAAACUUCCCAGAGUCCUGGUGGCCGAGUCUCCCCUGAAACGCACCAUCUCAGAUACCCGGGCGAACCGAACCUGUUUCUUCCUCCUGCCCGCCGUGCGACGCCUCGUCCACCGCGAACGUACUCCGUGACCAUCAAUCCGAGAACGCGGGCCACCAGGCCUGCUCCCACCGUCAUCAGAGGGGAAACGAACAAGUCCGAACGGCCAAGCC